UCCACAACUCCUUUUCCCUCGCAGCCCCUGGCGCAGCCCUGCCCGCCAUGUCGGCCAGCAAACUGGAGAAAAAGAUUUGGAACUUGGAAAUCCGACUCCGCGAGGAGUUCCAGCAGGAACUGGAGGCGGUCUUCGCGAAGAUCGAUGACUUGGAGCGGCGCUUGGAGUCUCCGCAGCCGCUGGGAGUCUCCCCAGGACCCGCGGCGACGGUCCCAGGCGUCCCGGACGCGGCGAUGUCGCCCAGUUGGGCGAACCCCGCGGCGGCGGGCGCCCCGGCGCCGGCGCCGCCCUCCAAGCGGCGCUCGCGGUUCUCGGUGCACGCCGUGGUGCCUGUGGAGGGCGAGGGUGCUCGAGCAGAUGUUGAUGAUGGACGGCCAGAACGGUGGAUUCCACUGGAGCCGGUGGCCUUCCUGGAGUCGACCUGGAAUCUGGUGCUGGUGUUGGGCUACACGGAGUCGGGUUGGUUGGAUGUACUGAUCGCGGGAUUGAUGCUGGUGAUCAGUGCUGGCCUGCAAAUCACUUUCAGCAUGAUCUUGCUGACGGAGGACUUCCUGGGUCAGCCCUUCACGUCUCAGAUUGCAGCAGCCACCGCCUGGAGACAGAAGGUGGCGCACGAUUACAAGCACAUGGACCUGGCUCAGACCAGCCUGGUGAGCCGGGUGUGUAAUCAGGCUGAUGGCUUGAUUAUCUCCAAUGACCAGGCGAGCUUGAUUGGGCAGAUCAAUGCCUACAUGGGCUUCGAUACUGGUGAUUUUGAGCCAACGCGGCUUCGCCUAGGUGUUUUGCUGUGCAUGCUUUGCAUUUUGCUGUGGUGCCUCUACCUUUGUAACGAGUUCCGCAUGAUUUGCAUCUCGCUGGAGGCGAUGCUGCAAGUGCCGCGGGGUCGGCGCACGAAGGUGGAGCAUGGGCGCUUCAUCACCAUAUCCUACCAGCGCUUCGCCAUGUACUGCUUCAUGCGCCUCACUCGGGCCACUAUUGUUGGUUUGCUCCUCUAUGCUGGCAUUGUGUGGCUGGCCAACACCACCUCGAUUACGGACUUGAUGCUCAAUGCUGUCGCCUUGGGAGCGAUCUUGGAGGUGGAUGAGAUGUUCUUCGCAGCGCUGAUGCCCAAGAAGAUCCAGAUCAAGAUUCAGGACCUCGAAGCCAUUAAGAUCACCUACAGCCAGCGGCGCAGCCAGGUGGAGUCGGUGCUGCUGGUGAUCUUCAUGACGGGUCUGAUGAUCUGGCCGUGGCAAGCGUUGGUGGAACCCUUGGGCGAAGCCAUGAAGUUGGUGAAGACGGAGUACUGCGGAUACAACCAGGACUUUGUGGUGGGGCUGAAUGAGAAUCUAGGGGUUCCGGUGGGCUUGCAUACCUACUCCUUUGAAGAGGCCAGCAAGAACGUAAGCCUCAUCGAAAAUUCCGUGAGCCAAUACCUCAUGCAGGCGGACACGUCCACCUCGGAUCACAUCAGGUUCGCCUUCUCGGCGCGCGACUUCGAGACGAAGCGCACGGAGACGGUGCUGGCCACGGCCACGAGCUUUUUGAUGUGUGGGAAUUUGGAUAAGUGGUACAUCGAUGGUGCGGAGAACCCCUUGAAGGAGACCUAUGCACCCUUCUGGUGGUCCCUGGCCGCCGGCUUCGGCCUACCGGACAGCAGCAGCUGCGCCAACAUGUCGAGCUACUGCGAGUCGGACGAGGGUCAGCUCCUUCGACUGCUGUGUCCGGAGACCUGCUCCUGCGACAAGCCGCUGACCAGCCCCUGGUACAAGGUGGCGAACCAGGGCUGCCCCUUGAAGUGCGAGCCUCCCCGCGAGGAGGCCGUGAAGGCGUUGCCCUGCCAGGAUGCCAGCGAUGCGAUCGACUGGGUGGGCUUCUGGGAAGAUUACCCCGGCAUCAUGGCCUCCUACUUGACCCUGGAGGAUGCCUCGAGCGAUCCCAACGUGACGAAGAUCGUGAACAUGAUGGUGCAGAACAACAGCUGUGCGCUGCUCUCGGAGCUAGGCUUUGAGCCGCUCACCUCGGGCGACUGGUGCACUGGGAAGGAUUUACUUUGGGCACCCUUGGCCCAUAUUUGUCCCGUAGCCUGUGGCUGUGCUGAGGAGACAGCCAUGUGGGAGAAGCCCAGCUAUUGUCCUACAGCCUGCACCUGCCAGGAUGCAAGCAAGCUGGAUGGCAACUUCCUGGGCCCGGAGCAUGAGGACGACAACAUCACCACCUGCGCCCAGGCGGCGCAGCUGGGCCUUUGCGCGGAUCCGAAUGUGGAGCGCGCCUGCAGCUUGAGCUGUGAUGCUUGCGACGGCCCCCCCCUAAAGAGGAGUGCCACCACACAGGCUGGCUCGACUGGAGGCCCACGGGUUUCCCGCGCCGGCGGUUUCGGACCUCCUGCUGUUGAUCCGAUCGCAACAUGGCACAGUCCGCGUGGCGGAGUUCCCGGAGGGAGCUCGCUGCUCCGCAGGACACGGCUAACGACUGAACGCGGCUGCCAAGCAGCAAGACGUGAGCCCGAGAUUUGGGGUGGCUUGUGGCCUCAAAAAUGCUCUACUCUAUUUUUGUUCAUGAAGUUCAGCUAGUUAGUGAAGGUCUGCGACGAAGAGCUUCUGAAUCCCC